AUUAAAAUUAAAAAAAAAAAACACAAAGAAAGCUCAAACCAAACAGAUCUCUCCCUCAACUCUCAACUCUGAAACUCAAAUCAUUCUUCUCUCUGAGACGACGAACAUCCACGAGAAGAGCUGACGAGGUAUAUAACAAUGGCUCCAAUUCCGCCAGAUAACGGCGUAGAAGGAGACGAUGAGAGAGAGGAAGAGGGCGAAGAAGAAGAAGAGGAAGAAGAGGAAGAAGAAGAAGAGGAAGAUGAAGAGGAGGAGGAGGAGCCGAGGCUAAAGUACCAGCGAAUGGGAGGCAGCAUUCCUACGCUCUUGACGAGCGAUGUGGCUACGUGUAUCGCCGUCGCGGAACGAAUGAUCGCGCUCGGAACUCACGGGGGCACCGUUCAUAUUCUCGAUUUUCUCGGGAAUCAGGUUAAGGAAUUCCCUGCUCAUACUGCUGCAGUGAAUGAUCUUAGCUUUGACAUAGAAGGUGAAUAUAUAGGAAGCUGUUCAGACGAUGGGUCUGUUAUAAUAAACAGCCUUUUUACUGAUGAGAAAAUGAGGUUUGAGUAUCAUCGCCCAAUGAAGGCUAUUGCUCUGGAUCCAGAUUAUGCAAAAAAAUCUUCUAGGAGAUUUGCAGCUGGUGGUUUAGCUGGUCAUUUAUAUUAUAAUACAAAAAGAUGGCUGGGCUUUAGAGAUCAGGUUUUGCAUUCUGGUGAAGGUCCUAUACAUGCAGUGAAGUGGAGAACAAGUCUCAUUGCUUGGGCUAAUGAUGCAGGUGUGAAAGUAUACGAUACUGCAAAUGAUCAGCGUAUAACAUUCAUUGAAAGACCACGAGGAAGCCCACGACCUGAGCUUUUGCUCCCUCACCUAGUUUGGCAGGACGACACAUUGUUGGUCAUUGGCUGGGGAACAUCAAUCAAAAUAACGUCGAUAAAAACAAAUCAGUCUAGAGCAGCCAAUGGGACAGUUAAGCAUGUCUCGAUGCCAAUGUCUAAUAUGAACCAGGUGGAUAUUGUGGCAUCCUUUCAGACCAGCUAUUUCAUUUCUGGUGUUGCUCCUUUUGGUGACUCUUUGGUCGUUCUAGCCUAUAUCCCUGGUGAAGAAGACGGGGAGAAGGAAUUUAGUAGCUCUGUUCCAUCACGGCAGGGAAAUGCACAGAGACCAGAAGUACGUAUUGUAACAUGGAAUAAUGAUGAGCUUUCAACAGAUGCUUUACCUGUACAUGGCUUUGAGCAUUACAAAGCAAAGGACUAUUCCCUUGCUCACGCUCCUUUCUCAGGUAGCAGCUAUGCUGGUGGUCAGUGGGCUGAAGGUGAUGAACCACUGUACUAUAUUGUAUCCCCAAAGGAUGUAGUCAUUGCAAAACCCAGGGAUGCUGAAGAUCAUAUUGCUUGGCUUCUUCAACAUGGUUGGCAUGAAAAAGCUUUGGCUGCUGUUGAAGCAGGCCAGGGACGGAGUGAACUUCUUGAUGAGGUUGGUUCUAGAUACCUUGAUCAUUUGAUUGUGGAAAGAAAAUAUGCUGAAGCUGCAUCUUUGUGUCCCAAAUUGUUGAGAGGAUCUGCUUCAGCAUGGGAAAGAUGGGUUUUCCACUUUGCUCAUCUGCGUCAGCUUCCAGUAUUAGUCCCAUAUAUACCAACAGAAAACCCAAGACUACGUGAUACUGCUUAUGAGGUUGCUCUAGUAGCACUGGCUACAAAUCCAUCUUUUCAUACGGAGCUCUUGUCAACUGUUAAAUCUUGGCCACCGGUGAUUUAUUCUUCAUUGCCUGUUAUCUCAGCCAUAGAACCUCAGCUGAAUGCAUCUUCCAUGACAGAUGCUCUUAAGGAGGCUCUAGCAGAGUUGUACGUGAUUGAUGGGCAAUAUGAAAAAGCAUUUUCACUAUAUGCUGAUCUUUUGAAGCCAGACAUAUUUUCCUUCAUCGAAAAGCACAAUUUAUAUGAUUCCAUUCGGGAAAAGGUUGUCCAACUGAUGAUGCUAGAUUGCAAGCAGGCAGUUCCUUUAUUGAUUCAAAACAAGGAUUUAAUUACUCCAUCUGAAGUGGUCAAACAACUUUUGAAUGCAAGGGACAAGUGUGAUUCCAGAUAUUUCUUGCAUGCAUAUUUGCAUUCACUAUUUGAAGCAAACCCUCAUGCUGGAAAAGAUUUUCAUGAUAUGCAGGUAGAGCUUUAUGCAGACUACGAUUCAAAGAUGCUACUUCCUUUUCUUCGUAGUAGUCAACAUUACAAACUUGAGAAGGCAUAUGAAAUUUGUAUCGGAAGAGGUCUUUUAAGGGAGCAAGUUUUCAUUCUUGGAAGAAUGGGAAAUGCGAAACAAGCCCUUUCUGUAAUCAUAAAUAAUCUUGGGGAUAUUGAAGAGGCUGUGGAGUUUGUAAAUAUGCAACAUGAUGAUGAACUUUGGGAAGAAUUAAUUCAGCAGUGUCUUCAUAAACCUGAAAUGGUAGGCGUGCUACUGGAGCACACAGUUGGAAAUCUAGAUCCUCUAUAUAUAGUGAAUAUGGUUCCUAAUGGGUUGGAGAUUCCUAGGCUUAGGGAUCGCCUAGUGAAAAUCAUCACCAAUUACAGGACUGAAACAUCUCUAAGACAUGGGUGCAAUGAUAUCCUUAAGGCUGAUAUUGUCAACCUCUUGGUCAAAUACUACAAAGAGGCAAUACAUGGAAUUUACUUGAGCAAUGAAGAAGACGAGGCACGGACGAAAAGGAAUGAUAGUAGGGCUUCUCAGGUGAUUGAGAAAUCACCAGGUGUGAGAAGUAUGGAGGUUAAAUCAAAACCUAGGGGCGGUGCAAGGUGUUGCAUGUGUUUCGAUCCCUUUUCUAUACAAAGCCUUAAUGUCAUCGUUUUCUUUUGCUGUCAUGCUUAUCACAUGACUUGUCUUAUGGAUUCCACCUAUACUAGUGGAAUAAAAGGGACUGGGGCCACUUCCAGUGAGAGAGUAGCAGAUAAUGAGUAUGAUGACCGUGUUGUGGAAGAAGAUGAUGAUGAUACCCAAUCGGGUGACUCUCGUAUGCGUUGUAUCUUAUGUACUACUGCUGCUAGUCGAGUUAGGUGAUGUGUGCGCUUGAUGGUGCUUUCAAUGUUGCAUGCUCAUUAUUAAUUUUUUUUUUUUCGGGUUCCAAGUUUUUGUGUGCGCAUGCAAGUGUGCGGCUUCUAUUUAUCGUUUCUUUUGUUGUGCAUGUGGUGUCAAUUCUUGUAUCAUAGUUAUACAUAUUUAUUGUGUAAAGCGGCUUUUAUUCUUUGGUGAGUGAUGAGGAUUGUUGCCAUCAGGCCUAGUUUCUUCAGUGCACAUUGCAGAUUUGUUGGAGUUGAUAUGUACCAGCGUUGCUGUAGUAGUAGAGAGGGUUUUGAGUGGGAGGCAGACAAACAAUAAAUUUCAGUAUUUUCUUUGUUGUCAUAA